AUGGAGAACCGAGCAAUGGCGAAAAGCAAAGUCUCGCAGCACUCAGCCGUCGUCGCGCAAGCUCCGGUUCACCUGGAGGUCACCGUAAAGCCCAUCGGGAAAUCCAACAUCGCAACGAGGCCACACAAACUCAAUCGAUAUCGAGCCAUCUUCUUCAGCACCGCAUACCAGUCACUCGUUUUGAUCCUCAGAAGUGUUCGAUCUCCACGCAAGCCCCAGGACUCCCCGGCAACAAAUCGCGUAACCAAGAAUCCGACGACACCGAAAUUCCCAAUUGCUGAACACCACCACACCCAAUCCACGAACCCCUCCUCACCACGCAACACGCCCUUGGCCGAGGUCAAGAAGCCCAAGAAGAAGAAGGUCCUACUCAUGGGAAAGAGUGGCUCGGGAAAGUCGAGCAUGCGAAGCAUCAUCUUCAGCAACUACAUUGCCCGUGAUACCCGGAGACUCGGCGCAACAAUAGACAUCGACCUCUCCCACGUCAAAUUCCUCGGAAACCUCACCCUCAACCUCUGGGACUGCGGCGGCCAAGAGGCCUUUAUGGAAAACUACCUCUCCCAGCAGCGCGUCCAUGUCUUCUCCAACGUCGGGGUCCUCAUCUACGUCUUCGAUAUUGAGUCCCGCGACAUUGACCGCGACCUUGCAACCUACGUUUCCAUCAUCUCCGCCCUCCUCCAAUUCUCCCCGGGCGCCAAGAUCUACGUCCUCAUCCACAAGAUGGACCUCGUCGUCCCCGCCCACCGUGAAUCCGUCUACGACGACCGCGUUCGCGUCGUCCGCCAGCGCACCGCAGAGUACGCAAACAGCAUCGGCUACCUCCACCAGCAGCAUCCAGACGCCGCCGACGACCCCACCAGCCCCUCGACCGCGCCCCCCGCCGGCGGUUUCGACAUCACUCCCUUCGCCACCAGCAUCUGGGACCAGAGCCUCUACAAGGCCUGGGCGAGCAUCAUUCACGACCUCGUCCCCAACCUAGCCACGAUCGAACGCAACCUCGCCAAUCUCGGCGUCGCCAUCGAGGCAGAAGAGCUCCUCCUCUUCGAACGCACCUCCUUCCUCGCCGUCUCCUCCUGGACCUCGGAAGAAGGCCAGCGGAACCCCACCGAGGACAGGCUGGAGCGCAUGUCCAACAUCAUGAAGCACUUCAAGCAGACCAUCAGCCGCUUCACCGGCACCCCGCGCAACGCAGAGCAAUUUGUGCGCAUGGAGCAUAAAGCCGGCACGCGCUUCAACCUCUUCAUCCUCAAGUUCACGACGAAUACCUACCUGAUGGUCAUUCUGCCACCCGGCGAGGCUAGGUUCAACGCCGCCAUGCUCAACUGCCAGAUCGCGAUUGAGCAUUUCAAAUUCCUAGACGGUCCGGCUACCAUGAUCCCGCAAGGCGGCGGCAGCACAGCAUGA